AUGCUGUCUCCUCUCUUCUGGGCCACCGCCCUCCUUCCGGCCCUAGCCUCCGCCGCCUCCCUCCAACAAAUCACCGACUUCGGCCCCAACCCCACAAACGUUUCCUUCUACCUCUAUGUCCCAGACUCCCUCAUCCCUAACGCGCCCCUCCUAGUAUUCCCGCACUGGUGUCACGGCACCGCCCAGGAUGCCUUCAACUCGAAGCCCUGGCGUCCGCUUGCCGACGAGCUAGGCUUCGUCACCAUCUACCCCUCAACCCCCUGGACUGCCGACUACUGCUGGGACGUGUCCUCGCCGCAGACGCUCUCGCACGAGGGCGGCGGCGACUCGCUGGGCAUCGUGAGCAUGGUCCGCUGGACGCUCGAGAACUACGACCUCGAUCCGGAUAGGGUGUUCGUCACGGGCGUCAGCUCCGGCGCGAUGAUGACCAACGUGCUUGUCGGCGCGUAUCCCGACAUAUUUGCUGCAGGCUCGGCGUUCGCGGGCGUGCCGUUCGGGUGCUAUGCCGCCGAUGGAUUCGCGGUGUGGUCUGACGACUGCGCAAAUGGGAGGAUUACCCACACGGGCGAGGAGUGGGCUGCCAUCGUUCAAGCCGCGUACCCGGGAUACGCGGGGCCGAGGCCGAAGCUGCAGGUCUUUCACGGGGACGUGGACAAUGUGUUGAAUGUGACCAACUUUUACGAGGAGAUCAAGAUGUGGACAACAGUGUUGGGUGUGGGGAGCACACCAACGGAGGUUGUGGAGAAUGACCCGGUCGAAGGAUGGACCAAGAGCGUGUAUGGCAACAGGGGGUUAUUCGAGGCUUUCCUGGCGCAUGGCAUUGAUCACAACAUCCCUGACCAGCCCAAUGAGGUUAUUAGGUUCUUUGAACUGGACUGCGUUGGCGAGAGUUGUUUCUCGCGCAAGUCGUUGCCCGUGCCAGGGACUUGUGUAAAAAGACGGGGGGUCAAAAAUGCUUGA